AUGAAGUUCCUCACUGCCAUCGCUAUGACCGUCAUGGUCUCCUCUGCCGCCGCCUACACCCAGGCCGACAUCCCCGCUUGCGCCAAGCCCUGCGCCGAUGACGCCGCCAAGCAGGUUGGCUGCGCCGCCGACGACGUGAAGUGCAUCUGCUCCAAGAAGGACGACGUCCGGACCGCCGCCACCUCGUGCGUUCUCGACAACUGCUCUUCCGAGGAUGCCAUCAAGGCCGCCAAGGUCGCUUCGGACAUCUGCAAGAACCAGUAA